ACUUAUCCUCUCAUCAACCACUGCAUUGCCUUUGAAAUCUCAUCCACGCAAUCCCAUAAUCCAUAUUUUGAACAAAAAAAUCUAACUUUCUUCUUUUCUCACUUCUGCAGCCAUUAAUACAAAACACUUUGCUCUCUUUUCCUUUUCACUCUUCUCUUCUUCUCCAUUUGUCAAUACAUAAUAGCCAUGGCCGCUGCAGUUACUGCUGCAGUUUCCUUUCCUUCCACCAAGUCCACUUCUCUCCCUUCAAGAACCUCCAUCAUAGCACCAGAGAGGACCACCUUAAAGAAGGUGCCUGUUUACUAUAGGGAUGUUGUGUCUGCUGGUAAAAGAGUUGUUUCCAUCAGAGCCCAGGUUACAACAGAGGCAGAAGCUCCUGUCAAGGUUAAGAAAGAAUCAAAGAAAAAUGAGGAAGGUAUUGUUGUUAACAAGUUCAAGCCUAAGAAUCCUUACACUGGCAGGUGCCUUUUGAACACUAAGAUCACUGGUGAUGAUGCUCCUGGUGAAACUUGGCACAUGGUCUUUAGCACCGAGGGAGAGGUCCCCUACAGAGAAGGGCAAUCAAUUGGUGUAAUUCCAGAUGGUAUUGAUAAGAAUGGGAAGCCUCACAAGCUCAGAUUGUAUUCAAUUGCCAGCAGUGCUCUUGGUGACUUUGGAGACUCCAAAACUGUUUCUCUUUGUGUGAAGCGGCUUGUGUACACCAAUGAUAAAGGAGAAUUAGUUAAAGGAGUCUGCUCAAAUUUCUUGUGUGACUUGAAACCUGGAGCUGAAGUACAGAUUACUGGACCAGUUGGAAAAGAAAUGCUUAUGCCAAAAGAUCCCAAUGCCACCAUCGUUAUGCUUGGGACUGGAACUGGGAUUGCUCCUUUCCGAUCGUUCUUGUGGAAGAUGUUCUUUGAGAAGCAUGAAGACUAUGAAUUCAAUGGUUUGGCGUGGCUCUUCUUGGGUGUCCCCACAAGUAGCUCAUUGCUGUACAAGGAGGAAUUCGAGAAAAUGAAGGAGAUAGCCCCUGAUAACUUUAGGCUUGACUUUGCCGUGAGCAGAGAGCAAACUAAUGAAAAGGGAGAAAAGAUGUAUAUCCAAACUCGGAUGGCUCAAUAUGCAGAAGAACUUUGGGAGUUAUUAAAGAAAGAUAACACCUUCGUCUAUAUGUGUGGACUGAAAGGAAUGGAGAAGGGAAUUGAUGACAUAAUGGCAUCAUUGGCAGCUAAAGAAGGCAUUGAUUGGUUGGAGUACAAAAGGCAGUUGAAGAAAGCAGAGCAAUGGAAUGUGGAAGUGUACUAAUGCCUGCGGUUAUUACUUGUACAAAUAUCUUCUCUUUUUGAUUAUAUUCUAAGCAAGUCAUCCUGUAAUAUUUUCCAUGCAUUUGUGUAGAUAGGUAAUAUGGCUGUAAUUUUGCACCAGAAAUCUUUUUUGUGUUUUCAUAAAUGAAGAGGUCGCACUGUUAUGGUUGAUA